AUGCCGCUGUCUGCCCUGAUAUUCCUUGCUACCGUAGCUCUAGUUUCCGCGACGCCCUACUGCCCGGAGGUCUACGGCGCCAUAGAAACGGGCAACGCCACGACCACCGGUAAAUGCCCGAGUGGCAUGUUUUGUGGCACGACACCAACGGGUGCACGACGCUGCUAUGAGACGAGGGAGAGCAUUUACCUCAAGAAUCCGGAUAUCACUCGCAUGAUUGGACCUUGCAUCGCCGACAUGUGCCCCGACCCCUACAUGUGCUUCGUGAUGGAUGGCUUAAAUGAAUGCUACGAUUUUUCCACGCCCGACAACUGCGUCGACAAGGACCCAAAUUGCGCCCUGUACCUGAAGAAUGGCUACUGCCGCUCCAAGCUCUACACUGUUGAUCAGAAAAUCGAUUCCUGCUGCUUUACUUGCGGAUUCAAAAACGUAUGCCAGGAUGCCGAUUGGAAAUGCGCCUCAACUAACGGCUACUGCAAUGGCAACGCAACCACCGAAGCCCAGAAGGUUGACUUCUGCCGGAAGACGUGCGGUAUCUGC